AUGGAAGACAUGGAUGCAAACCACAACAACAACUCUAUCCACUCUCUCUCCUCAACUCUCUUCCUCCUCCUUCAAUCCCCAAACUCUCUUCUUUCUCUCUCCCCCUUCUUCUUCCUCAAUCCACCAUCUUCACCCCUCCGCAAAACCCCCCUUUCUCUCUCCACCACGUCAUCACCACCAUGCCUGAAAACCACCCCACUUACACCCCGCGCUACUUCACCUGGAACUUCUAUCAAACACUUGGUGGGCGAACUCGAAACCGAAACCGAAACAGAUAAUGAUGUGGGUGUUGAUUCAAAUGAGAUAGAAUUGCAUAAUUUUGACAUUGAAUGGGAUAAAAAUGGUGGUGAAAUGAGGAAGAUUGAUAUGCAGUUCGAUUCGCCGGUGGUGGAGGUGACGGAAUUGGAGGAAUUGCCGGAAAAUUGGCGGCGGUCGAAGAUUGCUUGGCUUUGUAAGGAGUUACCUAGUCAAAAACGUCCUACCCAAAUUCGACUUCUUACUGCCCAGAAAAAAUGGAUGCAGCAACAGGAUGCUACUUAUAUUGCGCACCAUUUUCUUCGUAUUCGUCUAAAUGAUGCUGCGUUUUCGGUGUACAAGUGGAUGAUCCAGCAACACUGGUUUCGAUUCGAUUUUGCUCUGGCUACCAAGCUUGCUGAUUGCAUUGGUAGAGAGAGGAAGUUUGCAAAAUGUCGAGAGAUUUAUGAUGACAUUAUCAAUCAGGGACGGGUACCUAGUGAAUCAACAUUUCAUAUCUUGAUUGUUGCAUAUCUCAGUGCCCCUGGUGAGGACUGCCUUAAGGAAGCAUGUGAAAUUUACUAUCGUAUGAUACAUUUAGGAGCAUACCAUCCUCGGCUUAGUUUGCAUAAUGCUCUCUUCAGAGCUCUAAUAAGCAAACCUGCUAUUUCUGCGAAACCGUAUCUUAAACAGGCUGAGUUCAUUUUUCAUAAUCUUGCAACCUGUGGAUUAGAGAUACGUGAGGAAAUUUAUAGUGGUCUCCUUUGGCUUCAUAGUCAUCAGGAUACCAUUGACAAAGAGCGAAUAUUUUAUCUGUUGAAGGAGAUGAAUCUGAGGAAAAUUCCAGAGACCAAAGAUACUCUCUUAUCCAUUCUGAGGGCUUGUUCGAAAGUAGGUGAAGUGGAUGAAGCGGAAAAGACCUGGCUUAAGCUUCUAAAUUGUGAUGGUGGUAUUUCUCCUCAAGCUUAUAUGUAUAAAAUGGGUGUCUAUGCUGAGGUUGGGGAUCCUCUGAAGUCUUUGGAUAUAUUUAGAGAAAUGCAGAAGCAGUGUGGACAGAUAAACAAUGUGGCAUACCAGAAGAUCAUAGAGAUUAUGUGUAAUAGUCAAGAGGUACAGCUUGCUGAGUCUCUUAUGAAAGAGUUCGUCGGGAGUGGUCUAAAGUCUCUUACCACAUCUUAUGUGGAUCUCCUAAAUAUGUAUUACAAAUUAAGCUUACAUGAUAAAGUUGAGUCCACCUUCUUGGAAUGCCUUGACAAAUGCCGCCCAAAUCGGGCUAUCUAUGGUAUCUACUUGGACUCAUUGGUGAAAACUAGCAAUAUUGAGAAGGCAGAGAGCAUCUUCAAGCAGAUGUUAGAGAAUGAGGCUAUUGGUGUCAGCAGCAGGUCAUGUAAUAGCCUUUUAAGCGGGUACUUAGCUUGUGGGGAUAACGCGAAGGCUGAAAAACUCUAUAGGUUCAUGCGCCAGAAGAAAUAUGAGGUCGAGUCCUCUUUGAUGGAGAAGCUGGAGUACCUUUUUACCUCCGCCAAAAAAUUUAUUGAGAAAUAUGUGACCUUGAAACUGACUCCAGAACAAAGAGAGAUUUUGGUGGGUUUGCUGCUUGGUGGCUUGCAAAUAGAGUAUGCAGGGGAAAAAAAACUACAUUUUGUUCAUUUUAAGUUCAAGGAUGAUUCUGGUAUACAUACAAUCUUGAAAAGACAUAUAUAUAAUGAGUUCCACGAAUGGCUACAACAUUCCAAUGGCUCUACAGAUGACAGUGAUGACAUCCCUUCAGAAUUUUUGACAGUCCCGCAUACUUGUUUUGGGUUUUAUGCUCAUCAGUUCUGGGCAGAAGGAAAACAGAGCAUUCCCAAAUUAAUUCAUCGGUGGUUAACACCUCGUGUUCUUGCUUACUGGUUUAUGUAUGGUGGAUACACUACACCAAAUGGGGAUAUUUUUUUGAAGGUAAAAGGAAGCAAGGAUGAUGUGGAGAGGGUGUUUAAAGCAUUAAAAUUGAAGUCAUUGGAGUUCAGGAUAAAGCAAAAGGGCAAGGUAUUUUGGUUGGGCUUUAUGGGAAGCCAUUCUACUAGCUUUUGGAGACUUAUAGAACCUUACCUUCUAAAUGACUUAUUAGACUUCCCAAAAGCGGAUGAUCAGCCCUCGGAGAAUAUAACUGCAGAAAAGUCAAGUGUCUGAUCUUGUAGCGAGUUUAAUUCUGAAAAUGGCAGGAAUGCUCAUUCUGGUUGGGGUGUGACAGUGAUGAUCCUUGAAGACUUGUGUAGAUUUUGCUUGGUUGCCCCUGACCUCAAUAUCUUUACACGAUGAGUUUGAGGAGAACUCCUCCAAAGUGAUGACCAUGUCAAUGCAUCGGCUUCAUUUUGCUGCAAUUGAGUACAUCAGAGGCUCUCUGUUUUUUGAUACUUAUGUGAGCAAAGGGCUGUACAUAGUCAAAAGAAGUAGAAACUUCAGCUUGUAAUUUAGAUAGGAACCAAUUGAGUUAACCUAUGGUGCUGAUUUGCUGAACUCAUGUUUUAUAGAUGUGCAUUUCUUGUACUUUCUUAUUCUUUCGUCCUGUGGGAGAAAUGUAAGGUUGAUGUUAAGAGACUAUAGAUUAUAGAAAAUGUCAUGGAGACCCUAUCUUAGAGAUGGGCUCAAU